CGCCCGCCCGCCGGCAAGAUGCCCAAGACGAUCAGUGUGCGAGUUACCACCAUGGAUGCUGAGCUGGAGUUUGCCAUCCAGCCCAACACAACAGGGAAGCAACUCUUUGAUCAGGUUGUGAAAACCAUUGGCCUCAGAGAAGUUUGGUUCUUUGGACUUCAGUACCAGGACACAAAGGGCUUUUCAACAUGGCUGAAGCUAAACAAAAAGGUGACUGCGCAGGACGUCCGGAAAGAGACUCCCUUGCUCUUCAAAUUCAGGGCCAAGUUCUUCCCUGAGGACGUGGCAGAGGAGCUGAUUCAAGACAUCACACAGCGCCUCUUCUUCCUCCAAGUGAAGGAAGCCAUCCUGAACGACGACAUCUACUGCCCCCCAGAGACCGCCGUCCUCCUGGCUUCCUAUGCUGUCCAGUCCAAAUAUGGCGACUUCAACAAAGAUGCCCAUAAUCCUGGCUACCUAACUGGUGACAAACUGUUGCCUCAGAGAGUUUUGGAACAACACAAACUCAGUAAAGAUCAGUGGGAAGAGAGGAUCCAGGUGUGGCAUGAAGAACAUCGGGGAAUGCUCAGGGAAGACGCUAUCUUGGAGUAUCUGAAAAUUGCGCAAGAUCUGGAGAUGUACGGUGUGAAUUACUUCAGUAUUAAGAACAAGAAGGGCUCUGAACUCUGGCUGGGAGUAGAUGCCCUCGGACUCAACAUUUAUGAGCAGAAUGACAGGUUAACACCAAAAAUAGGAUUCCCUUGGAGUGAGAUCAGAAAUAUAUCAUUCAAUGAUAAGAAGUUUGUUAUCAAGCCAAUCGACAAGAAAGCACCAGACUUCGUCUUCUAUGCUCCACGGCUCAGGAUUAACAAGCGCAUCCUGGCUCUGUGUAUGGGCAACCAUGAGCUCUACAUGCGCCGGCGCAAACCAGACACCAUCGAAGUGCAGCAAAUGAAGGCCCAGGCCCGGGAGGAGAAGCAUCAGAAGCAGAUGGAGAGAGCCUUGCUGGAGAAUGAGAAGAAAAAGAGAGAAAUCGCCGAGAAGGAGAAGGAGAAGAUUGAGCGCGAAAAGGAAGAGCUGAUGGAGCGACUCCGGCAGAUAGAGGAACAAACCAAGAAGGCUCAGCUAGAACUGGAAGAGCAGACCCGCCGAGCGCUCGAGUUGGAGCAGGAAAGGAAACGAGCUCAGGAGGAAGCAGAGAAGCUGGCGAAAGACCGGAAGGAGGCAGAGGAGGCCAAGGAAGCCCUGCUGAAGGCAUCCCAUGACCAGAAGAAGACCCAGGAACAGCUGGCUGCUGAAAUGUCAGAGCUCACCAACAGGAUCUCACAGCUGGAAAUGGCCCGGCAGAGGAAGGAGAGCGAAGCUAUGGAGUGGCAGCAGAAAGCCCAAAUGGUUCAAGAAGACCUAGAAAGGACCAAAGAGGAGCUGAAGACCGCCACAAGCACCCCUCAUGUUCCUGAGCCCAUGCAGUCCGAGAACGAGCAUGACGAUGAGCAGGAUGAGAACACAGCCGAGGCCAGCGCUGAGCUGAGGGCUCAUGCCUCUGUCAAGGACCGCAGUGAGGAGCAACGGACCACGGAGGCAGAGAAGAAUGAACGGGUUCAGAAACACUUGAAGGCUCUUACGUCUGAACUGGCCAACGCCCGGGACGACACGAAGAAGACAGCCAACGACAUGAUCCAUGCCGAGAACAUGAGGCAGGGCCGCGACAAGUACAAGACCCUGCGCCAGAUCCGGCAGGGCAACACCAAGCAGCGCAUCGAUGAAUUUGAGUCCAUGUAACCGGCCCUGCUCCCACGGUUCCCAUUCUCUCCGACCCCC